AUGGCUUCUCAGCAUGAUGAAAAUGAUAAAUCUGGGGCCUCAGAGCCCGCACCGAUAUCCAGCGGUUGCAGUUCUAUCACAGAGACUGCAGAGACGCAUAUCCAACCAAGCAAAGAACUUGAGUUUCCUGCAGUGAAGACGAUCUUGUCUGAGCUCACAGACUCAGCCCCGUCUGCCCCUGAGAGAGGUCAGCUCAGUUUGCAACCCGAAGAGCAAGACAAGAUGUUUCGCGCCUUACAGGAUGUUCUCCUCAAGACUGAAGAGAACGAAGGAAACUUUGAUGUCCAGGAGCUUGUAUCCUCUCUCGAGCAGGCAGAUGCCGAUUCUCGGCGAGGGCAGCGCAAGCUGAAGGCUUUGGAAGGGGUCUCUUCCACCCUGGACAAGCUUUGGCAAAGUAGAUCUCAUUACAUGGCCCAAGCGGCGGAGGCUCUCGCAAACGGCAGUCGAGAUCCAUCGUGGCGGGCUCCCUUUGGCCAGGCGGGUAUAUUGGACUUCUUCCUCCGGGUUGUUGCGUCGAAGGAGAAGAUUGAUGACGAUAUCUUGUUUCAUUCAUUAAGGUUGAUUGGAAAUUCUUGCGCAGAUACAGACGAAAACCGACAGAUCGUUAUAACCAACAAUUACACUCUUCCUAUUAUACGUCUCCUUCUCAACCCUGCACUCGUUCAUGUUGCAAUUCCCGUUCUUUAUAAUAUAUGUGCGGAUUUUGAGCCAGCUCAAUCUCAGGUCUCAGGAAACCGAAUUGGGUAUAUAUUGCUCAAGCUCAUCAGCGAGGGAGCAAUUGAGGGAAACUCCUUGCUCAAUUAUGCCUAUGAAUUGGUCGAGAUGGCAUCGGAACAUGAGGAAGGAAUCGAAGCGUCCCCUGAUGGAACCAUCGUCCUGCUGAUGAAUCUGGCUGUCGACAAAACCACCACUUUUGCGCAGUUUGCUUGUCUCGUUAACUGCCUUGUCGCAUACCUGCGAAAUGAACGGUUUCAAAAUGCAUGUAUACGACAUAGACUGGUGGAACAGUUGCUUUCUGUUCUCCGUCACUCGUAUGCAACUGACGCGGACCAAUCGUCGAGCGAAGACGUGCAAUUAUUGUCUCAAUUGCGGUUGAAGCUGAACCAAGCAUUAUCAGACCUAUCUGCACUACCGCAGUUUGCCGAUACUUACCCGCUUGACUCUCCGCUGUCGAAUACUCUAAGAGCGUGGCUCGAGGGUGCUGAAGACCAAUUACAGAUAUGUGCCUGCGUCAUGCUGGGGAACUUGGCAAGGUCGGAUGAGGUGUGCAAGUUCAUGGUCGAGCGCUUAGAGAUCCACAAACAGUUGAUAGCCUUGCUGAAGACCGAUGCCCGGGGCAGCGUCCUCCAUUCUGCGCUAGGAUUCCUGAAGAAUCUGGCCAUUGCUGGAGAGAAUCGACAGCAUCUAGGCGAUGCUGGAAUCAUACCGGCUGUGUCUCGUCUCUGGACAUUUGAUACUGUCCCCCAAGUGCAAUUCGCCGCUGCCAGCCUCACCCGCCAGGUCAUAACGUCUUCUUUCGAAAACAUCUCGCGACUUCUUAUCUCUCUUUCGUCUGACCCAGACUCUCCAGCUAAUGCACGGACCUAUCUGUCGCUCUUGCUCUCGCUCUUUAGCAAGACGGACGCAGCCCCGAUUAAAACUGAAAUCGGACGCACUAUUGCAUCGAUCUGUCGCACCGUCACCUCUCGCGCGCGGGAGGGAGAUGAUGAAGCACAAGCCCUGCUCGAGCGCCUGUUCAGUCUGCAUGAGGGUAUUGCCCGUCCACUUGGUGCCAUGAUCACGCAGACAGAGUGGCCCGUCGUCCGAAGCGAGGGAUGGUUCGCGUUGGCUCUGAUGGCGUCCAGUCCAAAGGGAUCGUUGGCUGUUGUUGACUGUCUGCAAAACAUGGAGGUGUAUCAGCUGUUAGAGGACAGUCUCACGGUCGAGAUUCCUGCUUCGGCGCCAGAGGCUGAAAAGCUGCAGAAGAGCAAGGAUCGGGACAACGUGAUCGUCCUUGUCAAGGAACUGUUAAGCAACGAUGUGUGUAUACCCAUCACCUAUUUUUUUGGUUCUGAAGCUGACUUUCAAUUCGCAACAGCCCGAAACUCUUUCCGAAACCCGCAAAGCCAGGCUGCAGGAGCUGAUGAAGAAGGCUGCUUCCGCCUCAAUGCAAACAAGUGA